GUCAUAUGAUAUGGAUCCACAACAAAUUGUUUCCCGGUACAAGGGCUCAAGUUACUGCCUGCCAAGGUCCGAACGAUUCUGAUGAAACUUAUGAUUUUGAAUGGUCAACUGCUCACGAUGGCUUCAGUUUGAACAUACCUAACGAAAAACAAACAUUUUGGUUGAUUUUCUUUGUAGAAGGCACUUUACGAGAUCCAAAGAAGCGCGGGCCAUUCACUAACGAUAAAGAUUACUGCUGA